AUGACUGCCGCCACCAUGCAGUCCACACCAGCUAUCCCUCCUCGCCCCGCGAGGAACCAAGAAAAAGACAAUGCCCCUUCGGUGCCUUCGAUUCCCCCACGCCCAGUCAACCGUCGAUUAAAUCGCUCUAUAUCACCUAAUCCCGACCGUUUUGCUCCUUCACCCUUAAACGAAGGUGCCUUUGGUGGUUCAAAGAGUGGCCGCAAUAAUCGACACAGCCAGAGCUUUCUUGGCGAAGAAUUAGAGCGACCCAUGAGCGUAGAGAUGCCGAACGUGGGUGAAGAGGGCAGAGAAUAUGCCGCAGCCAUCGAAGAGUUGGGCACGUCCCCGGACAGUCGUAGAUCAUCCAAUGUGCCUGAGCAGACUCGUACUAUUGGUGAAGACAUCAAGCUGUAUGCUCCGAAGCCUACUAUGCCUCCUCAGAGCGCCAAGCAGCGAGUUGCUCAAGUCACCCGUACCGAUUCAGACCGGGCUGCCUCUUUUGGCAUUGGUCGUCCUUCCUACGACGACCCAAACUACCCGGCCCGUAACCUGAAGAAGAAGGCAAGCACUACGAGUCAACUUUCCCAUCAUAGUGAGACCUUCCCUGAGGAUGGGCAUGGUAUUCCCGAGAUUGGACAGCGCGUCCCUAUGUUGAUCAACGCCGGCGAUGUUCAAGCGCCCUCACCUGCGCCGAGAACCGCGAGUACUGACGGAACAAGACCUGUCCGACACCAUACCAGGAAGACCAGCUCUCGUAACGGUUUCCAUGAACUUCCGCCAGACGUCUAUGGUCUCCAUGGUCAUGGCGUCGAAGCGACUGACAAACUUGAGAGAGCUUACUACGAGAAGCAUCCCGACGUGUUACAAAAAGAGCGCUACAACCAUCUUCAUGAACGUGUCCAUGAUUACUCGAUGAGCAGCGAGGAUCUAAACAAGAUCGUCCGGGGCACAGCCAACCGUGGUGCCGGUUUUGGUACUUCAGCCGAUUAUGUCGGGACUCCCAGUGAACAGGUCGGCUACAAGGCCACUGACGAAUACACGUCACGUAUCACGUCCCCUCGUCCACCGUCCACUGCUCCCAAGCAUGAUCCUACGUCACCCUUGAAGUCUGGUUACGUAGAACUCGAUGCGGGUGCUAAUCCUGCCAGCGAUGACAACGGUGAUGGCGUCAUCCACGUGGAUGAGCCAGAAAGGCGUAAGGGGUUCGCGAAAUAUGGCAACGAGAAGUCCACCGAGGAUGAGGAUGAAGAAGAAGAGCACACUCACCCAAUUUUAGCCCCUGAUGAGGUGGCCAAGGACCCAUCGCCUUACCAUCUACAACCAGCCGUAGAGCCUUCGGCAGAACGACAUGGCAGGUCACGCGAAACAGGGGAGUCUAGGAGUCGUCCCUCAAGCCGACCUACCAGUGUGUAUAGCCCCCCGCCGAUGGAUAUGCAUUCAACUCCCCUGGAAGAUGUCGAAGAGUACGAGCCAUUGUUCCCGGAAGACGAAAAGAGCGGCAAAAAAUCUACGACUCAGGCCGAGAAGCUGAAGGAGUACCGUCAAAGAUUCCCUAGUCAGGAUAUUUGGGAGGAUGCUCCUAACAGCGUGCAUUCUACGGCGGAGGUAUCAACCCCAGAGUUAUUAGAAGCUCGCCAGAGAGAACGCGCCGGUGCAUCGGAAGUACCUCCACGAGAGGGCGAAACCCCCGCCCAAGCCUUCGCAAGGAGGCAAGAACAGCUUGCCGAGACGGAGGCCGUCACACCCGAUAGCUUUUUGUACCGUCAACAGAAGCCCCCGUCAUGGGUUGGAAAGCAGCCACACCUUGCCAAAGAGACACGACCUAACGUAGCCCAAAGAUUUCCAAGCCGAGACGUCUGGGAGGAUGCGCCAGACUCCCUGCAAUACACAACCACGGUUUCCACUCCGGAAAUCUCUGGGGAGCAACAAUUAGAUGAAGUACCAAAGCCUAAGCCUCCAAUUCCCACACGCCCUAAGAAGCAAGGGUCAGGUGAUGAUUCAACAACAUCGAAGCCGAGUAUUCCUGAUCGACCCAAACCACAAAUACCCCCUCGUCCGUCUAAGACGCCCGAGCCAUCAGCGAAGCAGAAACCUGCGGUACCGGCAAGGCCCGCCGCAAGUAAAAUCGGGGCUGUACAGGCCGGUUUUCUGUCAGACCUUAACAAUCGUCUAAAGAUAGGUCCCCAAGCCCCUAAGAAGGAGGAAUCUGCCACACAAGAACCGGCCGAGGAGAAGGAGAAGGCACCGUUAUCCGAUGCGAGAAAGGGUCGUGCCCGGGGUCCCCAGCGGAGGGCUCCUACUAAGGCUGCGAGUCCGGGCGAUGCAGCAUCUGGGCCUCCUCCUGCAUCUAACAAUAAACCUGUGUUGAGUUUUUCCAUGACUCGUACUCUGUGGAGUAUCGAUGAGGAGGGCACAAUGACCGUGGACGGUUUGGGACCAGAGGUAAAGGCACCUCCCCACGUAGAGGUUAACUCCAUACCCGAGCCCGCAUCUGAGCCUGAGACCGAUAAUGCGAAGAGCGAAGAGCCUAAGGAAGCGCAACCGCAAGCGCCGUCGGAACCAGAUACGCUUGAGACCAAGCCCGAAGAAAAACAUGCGGAUCAGUCACCGGCCAAACCAGAAGUCGAAUUAGAGAACUCUAAGCCGACCGACCUGGCGAAUGAACCUAAUCCAACAGAAGAAACCAAAACUCUCGCUACUAAUACAGCCGGCGAGUCUAUAUUAGAAGAGACUGUCGAGAAAAAGCUUUCAGGAGAUGAUGAAGUGCAAGGAGUUGAAGAGACCAAGGACGAGGUGAUCAACUGAAUGAUAUACAUAGCUUGACUUUUUCCCACAGUAUGAGGAAGGGGGUGGUGCUAGUUCAUCGUAUCUCGUUUCCAAUUCAG